AUGCUGCAGUCUGGUGUCCCAUUGGCGCGACGGGUCCCGCCACCUGGGCCAGGCACUUGCAAGAAUUUGGGGUUCUGUGGCCAUCCUCUGGACGACAAGCUGCCACACAAAGUUUGUGGCAUUUUGGCGCUUUCUGGUUUCUUGGCGCGGCCGUCGGGGAGAUGUCGCAUGCGAUGCGAUGGCGAUGGCGGGAAGGAGCGCCCAUGGGUAGCUCCCGUGGUGCAAGCGACAGGUGCGCCUGGAGAGGGCAACGUAGCCCUGGGAGCCAUACAGCAGGCCGCAGAUGGGUCUUCCAUACUGCACGGGCAAGUGUACGAUGAAGAUGCCGAGGGUUGGAGGCCCGUCCUCCUCAAGCGAGUGGGCACGUCCAGCACAUGGCAGAGCAAAGAUUUGACCCUCGAGCUGCCACUGGAGAAGAUUGCGAAGAUACUCCCAUCCCAAGUCGAUCUUAAGAAGGAGCUGCCAUGCUGGCCUUCGGCCUUACGCAAGAGCUUGGAAGCAUGGCCCCUGAAAGGCCCAGGCACCGUGAUCCUGGAUCCACACUUUUUCACCCAACGUGCAGCAGCCCUGGCUUUGCUUGGAGGCCCUGUGGUGUUCCCGGGAGCUGCAAACGCAAUGGGGCUGUCUUCCACCCGUUGCAUCCAGUCCCUUAACAAGCAGCUCAGUGGCCGCCAUUUGCGAUCUCUCUUCUGCAGCGAGGCUGGCAAUUUGGAAGAAUUACUGGCCAGCAUCCCAGCAAGUCUCCGCAGCGCGCAUUUUGACGUGGCCGCCGCCUUGGGCCGGGGCAUGGCUUCGGAGGAUCCUGUCGUGGUCCAGCUCCACGUCCGGUGUCCAAAGAGCAAACAAAGGAAGCUUAAGUGUGAUGCAAAGCCACUGCGGAACUGUUACUGCCUCAAGUCCUUUCAGACUCUAAUUACACUGGUAGAGUUUUCUAUUGAGGCGAAGCCGUUGGAGCUCCAGUGCGAGAGUGCCUCAUGGACAUGUGGGGCUGUGCUCCGUCAUGUGGCCCCUGGGGGCGAGGCCGAGCGGGCUGGGUGUCGCGUCGGUGACGUCAUCAUCAAAAUCGGGGACUUGGAUGUGACCCAGAUCCCCUUCGAUGACAUUCAGGACCAGCUUGAAGGGCCUGACUCAAUCACUCUGACACUCAGUCGCCCGAAGCUUGCAGACAAGAUCUACUUGCGAGAGGUUCCGGCCUCGGACGAUGCGCUGUCGAGCCUGUCCGGCACACCGUUGACUCUCCAAGACUUGGUGCCUAGCUUGGGUGAAUCUUUCGGCACGAACUACGUAUAUUUUUCAGAGCAGACUCCAAUGCUUUUUGCUGGAGACGGUGGGACUGCCUCCCAUCUUCACAUUGACCGGAAGCCUUUACUGCAAUUCUGUCACGUGUUGCACGGCACGAAAGUCUUCUGCGUCGCACCUCCGGAAGGACGGGCGCCAGGGCCAGUCGUACCUUGGGCAGAGCCAGGUGGGAGACCGGCACAUGAGGCUGUGCUCUCCACUGAUACAGACCUGCCGAAGGGAGCUUCAGAGUGGCUUCAGCGGGAAGAUGUGUCCCUUGCUGUCGUCCGGCCAAGUGACGUCCUGCUUUUCCUGGGCCACUCUCUCCAUGCAGGCUGCAAUGGUGCGAGUGAGCUUUGUGUAGCUGUUUUCCACGGUGCCCAACCAGUUUCUUACAUGGCGCAGGGUGUGUUCGGACCAGCCUAUCAAGCGCUGGCCAAAAGAAUGCUGGCUCGCUGA